AUGGGUUCUGGCAAAUUGGAAUUGGGGAUUAUCUUCCUCACUCAGACUGCAGUUGGGAUCCUUGGAAAUUCAUCCCUCCUUUGUCUUUACAGUUUUACUCUGCUCACUGGACACAAGGUGAGACCUACAGACCUGAUUCUCAACCAACUGGUCUUUGCCAACUCCUUGGUCCUUUUCUCCAAAGGGAUACCUCAAACUAUGGUGGCUUUUGGAUUAAAAUAUUUCCUGGAUAAUGCUGCACGUAAACUUGUCUUUUAUUAUCACAGAAUGGGCACAGGAGUUUCCUUCAGCACUAUCUGUCUUCUUAAUGGUGUCCAGGCCAUCAAGCUCAACCCUAGUAUUUGUAGAUGGAUGAAUCUCAAGCUAAGAUCCCGAAAUUUCAUUGGCUUCUGCUGUUUCCUGUGCUGGAUCCUGCAUCUCUUGGUGAAUUCAUGUAUGCCUAUAAUAGUGAAUGGCCCAUUAAAAUGCAAAAACCUUAGUGUGGAAAACAAUUGUGGAUACUGUUCCUGGACAAUGCCAGGGAGAUUUAGCUCAUUAUAUACUGUCAUAUAUUUUUCCCCCGACUUUAUGAGUUUGGUCUUCAUGGUGUGGGCCAGUGGCUCCAUGGUCUUCAUCCUGCUCAGGCACAAAAAGCGAGUCCAACAUAUUCAUAGCAACAGAGUCCCUCCCAGACUUUCCCAUGAGGCCAGGGCCACAUAUGCUAUCCUAAUCCUGGUGAGUUCCUUUGUUACCUUUUAUUCAAUCUAUGCUAUUUUGACUCUUUGGAUGACACUGGUUACAAACCCAGGCCAGUGGAUGGUAAACAUCUCUGUGCUCAUAGCCUCAUGUUUUCCAGCAUUCAGCCCUUUUGUGCUCAUGAUCACUGACACCAGAAUCUCAGUUCUGCUUUGCCUGAAGGUCAAGAACAAAUCGUUUUCCUCAUCUAGUUACAGUGCCAUGAAUCUGUAA